UCUCGCUCCACGGCCCCUCCAGUGCCAACACAAAUGGUUGCCUACAGAAUACUCGAAAAACAAGUGCUUCGAGUGCUUUUUCGAAUGUAGCGUGUCUAUGUGCAAGUGUCGCAAGUGAUAUUUCGGGAAUAAUUAUUGUGAAUGUAUUUACAACUGGGAUUUUUUUUAAAGUGGAUUCAUCGCGAUGAUUUACGAUAAUGCUUGCCGUUUUCAUUAAGACACAUACGCCUUGAUGCAAGAUGAAGAUCAAACGGUCCGUAGACGUGAGGCUGCUAGCUCUGUGCACGACGUGUAUCCUUCUGCCAGCAAUAGCGUGUCCGUCGCAAUGCGUCUGCAAAUGGAAGAAUGGCAAAAGAUACGUUGAGUGUACGGAGAAAGACUUAAAAUCAAUACCCUACUCGUUAGAUUCAGAAACGCAAGUCUUGGAUUUCACAGGAAACGAUCUGCAAAUUUUGCAAAAGGAAACAUUUCACAAACUUGGAUUGCUAGACUUGCAAAAAAUUUAUUUACAAAGAUGUCGCUUGCAAAAGAUCGACAGUCAUGCGUUCAAAGGACUCGCUAACUUAGUCGAAUUAGAUUUGUCUAAUAACUAUCUCACAGUGAUACCUUCACCUAAUUUCAUUUAUUUUCCAACUCUAAUGAGACUGUCUAUGAACAAUAAUCCUAUAACUGUUAUAAGAACGCAUUGUUUCCAGCAUUUGUCCUAUUUGAAUACUUUAGAAAUGAUAGGUUGCAAAAUUGAAACCGUAGAAAUAGAAGCGUUUUCAGGACUGAAACAUUUAGAAUGGUUAAGGUUAAACGGUAACAGGCUAUCGAAUAUUCAAGGUGAAAACAUCUUUCCAGAUACAUUACGAGGUAUUGACUUGUACAAUAAUAAUUGGAACUGCGACUGUCAUAUAAGAGACUUGCACAAAUGGUUGUUAAAUUUUAACAUGCCUCACGUUAUAGAACCGACUUGUUCACUACCAGAGCGCUUAAAAAAUCGUACUAUUACAAGUAUCGCCAGAUUUGAUUUGGCGUGUUUACCAAAAUUGACACCUUCAUCAAUAUAUAUUGAAACUAUGUCUGGCAACAAUGUCACACUCGAAUGUGUCGUUAGAGCUGUGCCCGAAGCUAAAAUCCAUUGGCUGUAUCAAGGUCAAAUAAUACGUAACUAUUCUACUUACUCAACGGAUCCACAUCAUGUAUUUUACGUGGAGACUGGGAACGAGGACAAGAAAAGUGAAUUAUUCAUAUAUAACAUAGGUAGUGAUGAUAAUGGAACAUAUUCUUGUAUUGCAGAAAACUCAGCCGGACGAACUAGAGCAAACUAUACCUUGAAAAUACUUGUUAAAGAAGAGCCUGUUGUUAUUGUGGUAACAUUUCCACAUAGACAUUUGGUAGUUAUUAUCACGGUGGUAUUUGUAAUUAUAGUGUUAUUGAUAGCGAUUAUAGCAGUGGUACUUUUAAAAUUCAAGACAGACACAAGAAGCAGGAAGAAGAAAGAGAGUGGUAAAGACGUGGCAUUAUGCAAUCAAAUGUUACCUUCCAGCAGAAACAAUGGAUCUCUACCCAAGAAUAACGGAAGUUUAAUUGUAAAUGCUCAUUCCCAUCACGCUUUACAUUACACUGUGCAGUCAAACCGUGAUUAUGAAUCUAGCGAUACGUAUCAAAGCAAUAACAUGAAAGGCUUUGCCGACAGAAAUCCUGACCUAAUUAGUGAUGCAGAAACCGUCGCUAACAACACGCAAAAUGAGAACGCUGCAAUGUCUGUUUAUAAAACACAAACAACGAAUGAUGCUUUUGAAGAGGAAACUGCGUUUACAACUACUGCGCCGCCCCGACAAGUGACUUGGCAAGAUCAACAAAACAUAAACGGCAUGAAUAUGCCCCAAAAUGCUUUAUAUCAACACUCCGCUGACGUUCAUUUAAAUCCAGGAUGCUUUUUAGACAGCGAAGGCUAUCCUUACGAUUACGGUCUUCCUAAACACCCUUGUCGUACUCCAAUUAUGUCAAAUUAUUCUGUAAUCGGACCCUUUUAUCAGACAUUGCCACACAAUAGACCUAAGGGUCAAAAGCUGGCAUGCAAAUUUGCAAAGGAUAAUGAAUUCAACACCAAUGCUCCAGCUUGUGCUAAUUUCGAAGUAUUUAACGCAAACAAUGUGAGACGAACUCUCGAUGGUUAUCCGGUACCGAGGAAUCGACAAAUAGCAUUUGUAGGAAACGGUACAGUGUAUUAUAACGAGGAAUUUGUUCCAUCGCCCCCUGAGGGAUACAAAACUGAACCUAUACCAUGUUGUAAUCAAGAACCAUGCACUUCUUGGGUAAGUCCGAAAGGCACAUGUGCUGUCAUGGUUCCGAUGGGCGUGGCCGAAGCUCCGGGUAGAUGCUACCAGGUGGAGACGCGAUGUGUAGAUACGCAGACUUCUGACGCUAGAAUUCCAGUGGACAGUAGUGAAAGUGUUCUUAAGCCCAUACCACAGGUAUCUAAUGCUAAAUGUGCAUCUGAUAUCUGUUCAGAGAGUCCCGAUGAAGGUUACGUAGGAGACGCUAACGAUAUCUGACGACGUCGUCAAGAUAAUCUAUAAAACGGAAAUUUAGACAUUAAUAGAGUGAUAAAGCGACUGAGUAAAAAUAUAGAAUAGAGUAAUAUUAGGUUUAAAGGGAAAUCAAAAGUUGAUAUCUCGAUGUACAGUGCACAAUAUUUUUGUAAUAGUGAGCUGGUUAAUUUUUUAUAAAUAAUUGUUUGAUCUUUAAUUAUAAUAAUACAAUACUCCCAAGUUGCUUAAAAGUAUUAUUUGUGUUCACUAAAUUUAACAAUAUUGGUUAAGAUGUUUGGUUGUGGUACGUUUAAGUCAGUUUCUAUUUUAACAAUAUGAAAAUGAUAAUGGCAAUGAGUGGGCAAAGAACGAGGGUUAAAAUAUUGGUGAUAAAAUAAAUAGCUUUUGUGUCUAAGACAGGAAUAUCUGGCCUAGAAAUUUAAAUUCAGGCCUAGAUGGCAUUGUAAUUUGUUACAUUGUAACUUUGAGUUUACACUGACGAAACAAUUUCAUGGACACAUUAUUCUUUGUGUUCAUUUCAUAAUUCUGUUUGGCAACUCAAAGCUAAUUAAAAUUCUUUUUUGCUGAAUUUUCAAAAGUAGAAGUAAUAAUAUAAGGGAAUGAUAAUAAUAUUGAAAUCAAGUCAGAUGAGAACAUAUUGUUUAAUAUUAAUAAAAAAUAUUCAAAUAUUCUGUGUUACGUCUUACUGGUUUCCUAUACAUUUGAUAACGUGCCAACUAUAGAAGUAGUUUUCCAUUAAAUUAUAACUAAAAGUGUAAAACUUUUAUUUGGAUAGCACAAAUAAAUUUAAUUAGUAUUAAUAAAAAAUUGGAACGUACUUUUUAAUAUUUCUAAAUUGUAAGAUAUAGUUCUAUGACACCAAUUGAUUAGAAAUUAAUUUAUAUCUAGGUCAGACUUGCUCAUUAACUCACUCAGUAUUAAAACCGUUGGCUCAUUAAAUUAAUAUUUUAAGUAUUUGAAUUAUUGUUUGUUGUCUGGACAUACAUUAUAUGCAGUAGAACCUGGAUCUGGGUUAGUCCAACGGACCGCGUUUUCCGCGAACCGGGUUUGCCCGUAUCCAGAUUCGACUGUAUUUAUUCCUAAGCUUUUUCGCGUACUUUAGGUCAAAAUAUCAUUUAGAGAAUAAUUUUCACUGGUAAAAUUGAUGUUAUCUGCCUAGUUUUUAUAUGUAAUCAAG